AUGAGUGACCCUCAGCGAACCAGUGACGUCACUGCCACCUCCGCAGCUUUGGCUGGACACUCGGAGAUUGAGCCCUCGUGUAUAGCAGCGGGAACUGCAGGUUUUUUGACUGUGUUUGGCUUCGGCGGUGGCCCGCCUGGCUCAGUCUCUCCGCCGGCCCCUCCCCCCCGCAGGGGUGACGACGAGGAUGAGAGAGACUUAAAUAAGACUUUAGGAGUGGAACGCUUUCAGCAGAUCUUACACCCAGCUCCUCGAGUUCCCAGCGACCAACACCGCACCUUUAAUGAGGAAGACUUUGAGUACCACCGUCACUCCUCCAUGCACAUCCACCACCCACUCUCCAAACACCUCCCCUCGGGAGCCAAGAGGAAGAAAAGCAGCAGGAAGAGGAAGGGGCGGAGAAGGAGCUCCAGCGGCAGUGGCGCUCCCACCAUAGAAGAGGAUGAGGAGGACGAGGAAGGAGAGGAAGAGUCCUGCGCCCAUCAGGAUGGAGACGGGAACACCACCACCUCUCCAACACCCGACACAGACACAGACACGCAAACCGAGGUGGUACAGUUUUUUGUGUCAGAUGAUGAUCAGCAUGUGAGAAGCUCACCCCCUCGUCAGCUUAACAUAGUGCCUGAGUGUGCCCUACACACCAGCCGCAGUGUCCCAGAAAAUAUCACAAUGACAGAUAGGUUGGAUUCAGGGUCAGCUCAGCCCAAUGGAAGACGGGUGUCCACUCCAUGUGUGUUCCCAUUGAGUUCUCCAUCUCCAGACUCCGGCUCCAGCCCGCAGGCCCGUGCUCCCAAACAGGGCCCAGUGGGCCGCAGCUACGACCUGCAGGAGCGCCGGCGCAUGGGCAACCUAACGGGCACUGAGCUGGAACACUACCAGCGCAUGCCCACUGACGAGAGCGAGGCCCAGACCCUCGCCACAGUGGACCUGGACGGCAUCAAGAGUCACCGAUUUGAAGAUGUCCCUGGUGUACGACGACACCUUGUUAGGAAAAGUGCUAAGAGUCAAGUGGUUCAUAUUACCAAGGACCACAAAGAACCCAGCGGGCGGGGCCGUAAACUGGACAGAACCCCACAUGAGGUGUUUGUGGAACUGAAUGAACUAGUGAUGGACAAAAAUCAGGAGCUGCAGUGGAGGGAGACGGCUCGCUGGAUCAAGUUUGAAGAGGAUGUGGAGGAGGAGACAGACCGCUGGGGCAAACCUCACGUUGCCUCUCUCUCUUUUCGCAGCCUGUUAGAGCUACGCAAGACCAUCUCCCAUGGGGCUGUGCUGUUGGACCUGGAUCAGAAGACUCUGCCUGGAAUUGCUCACCAAGUGGUGGAGCAAAUGAUCAUUUCAGACCAAAUUAGAGCAGAGGAUAGAGCCAACGUCCUCAGAGCCCUGCUCCUUAAACACAGUCAUCCGAGUGAUGGGAAGGAGCAUACAGCGUUCCACAGGAACAUUUCCGCAGCCAGUCUGGGCUCUCUGAUGGCACAUCACCACAGUAACAAUCACAUCGCUGCUCCAGAACCUUCUGCCACCGACCCACUGAUGGGAGGAGGACUGGAGACAGACCCACGCGUCGACAUCGAGAGGAAUGAGAAAGACGCUCCACCUUUACUGGGCAUGCACAGGUCCAAGUCUAAACAUGAACUCAAGCUGCUGGAGAAGAUCCCUGAUAAUGCAGAGGCCACUGUUGUGCUUGUAGGCAGUGUGGAUUUUCUGGACCAGCCCUCAAUGGCCUUUGUGCGACUGCACGAGGCUGUUCUACUAGAAUCGGUCCUGGAGGUACCAGUUCCUGUGCGGUUUCUCUUUGUUCUGCUGGGCCCACCCAGCACCAACAUGGACUACCACCAGAUUGGUCGCUCCAUUUCUACGCUCAUGUCUGAUAAGCACUUCCAUGAAGCAGCAUAUCUGGCUGAUGAGCGGCAGGACCUCCUGACUGCCAUUAACAGUUUCCUGGAUUGCAGCAUUGUGCUCCCCCCAUCGGAAGUGGGUGGAGACGAGCUACUCCACUCAGUUGCUCGCUUCCAGAGAGAGAUGCUCCGGAAGAGACAAGAGCAGGAGGUCAAACUACUGGCCAAAGAGCCCAAGAGCCCAGAGGAUAAGGCUCUGCUGCCUCCCUUUAAACCUGGAGACGACCCUCUCCAGAGAACAGGCCAGCCGUUUGGUGGGGUCAUUCGGGAUGUCAAGCGUCGCUAUCCCAAAUACAUCAGUGACUUUCAGGAUGCCCUUAACCCCCAGUGCAUGGCUGCUGUUAUCUUCAUUUACUUUGCUGCUUUGUCUCCUGCUGUCACGUUUGGAGGGCUCCUGGGUGAAAAAACCGAAGGCUUGAUUGGCGUUUCCGAACUGAUUGUUGCUACAGCAAUGCAGGGUGUGCUGUUCUCCCUCCUCGGAGCCCAGCCCCUCCUAGUGGUUGGCUUUUCUGGACCUCUGCUUGUGUUUGAAGAGGCAUUCUUUUCAAUAUGUAAAUCUUACGGGAUGGAGUACCUGACAGGCCGGGUUUGGAUCGGGUUUUGGCUAGUCAUCAUUGUGGUGCUCACCGUGGCCUUUGAGGGGAGCUUCUUAGUCCGCUUUGUCUCACGUUUCACCCAGGAAAUCUUUGCCUUUCUCAUCUCCCUCAUCUUCAUCUAUGAGACCUUCUCCAAGCUUGCCAAUAUCUUUAAGGAGCACCCUCUUCAACCCUGCAACAGCACUGCGGUGAAUGAUGCUACCAUAUCAUUACUCAGCAACUACAGUAGCUCCACAAACCAAACCGCGACUACCAAAGUGUUAAACCAGCCAAAUACAGCUCUUCUCUCCUUGGUCCUCAUGUCUGGAACAUUCUUCAUUGCCUUCUACUUGCGCAAAUUCAAGAAUAGUGCCUUUUUCCCUGGCAGGUUCCGCAGGGUUAUUGGAGAUUUUGGAGUUCCCAUUGCAAUCUUCAUCAUGGUCCUGGUGGAUUAUAGUAUAACAGACACUUACACUCAGAAACUGAGCGUGCCCAGUGGCUUCUCGGUGACAAGCCCAGAGAAACGCGGCUGGCUGAUCCAUCCGCUCGGCUCGGACGGACAGUUCCCCAUCUGGAUGAUGGCCGCCUGCAUUCUCCCGGCCCUGCUUGUCUUCAUCCUCAUCUUUAUGGAGACUCAAAUCACCAGUCUGAUUGUGAGUAAGAAGGAGAGGAUGUUGGUAAAAGGCUCUGGAUUCCAUUUGGACUUGCUGAUUAUUGUGGCUAUUGGUGGGAUUUCGGCAUUGUUUGGGCUUCCGUGGUUGGCUGCCGCCACGGUGCGCUCCGUAACCCAUGCCAAUGCUCUUACGGUGAUGAGCAAGGCUGUUGCCCCUGGUGACAAACCGCGCAUUCAGGAAGUGAAAGAGCAACGUGUAACAGGACUUCUGGUGGCUCUUUUUGUGGGUCUCUCCAUCGUGAUCGGAGAACUCUUGCGGAAGAUACCAAUGGCUGUGCUCUUCGGCAUUUUCCUAUACAUGGGUGUGAUGUCCCUAAAUGGAAUUCAACUUACUGAACGGAUGAUGCUGCUGUUGAUGCCCCCAAAAUAUCACCCUGACCAUACCUAUGUGCGCAAGGUGCGUACACUGCGCAUGCACCUUUUCACAGGUAUCCAGAUGAUCUGUUUGGCUGUUCUGUGGGCGGUCAUGUCAACGGUUGCCUCGCUUGCAUUCCCCUUUGUCCUCAUCCUCACUGUUCCAGUCAGGAUGUUCUUGCUGCCUAGAAUCUUCACUCGACGGGAGAUGCAAUGUCUGGAUGCGGAUGAUGCAGAACCCAUGUUCGACGAGAGAGAAGGACAGGAUGAAUACACUGAGAUGCACAUGCCAGUAUGA